CAUAUAUAUAUUACUUGACUUUUCACCUGUAAUUUCAAGCCUUAGCUAGACAAAUAUUACUCGAUACUAUUAAAAACCAAGCAACUUCUACCAAUCAACAAACAAAAUCCUCCCUAAACGGAAAAACAAUGGAUUCAUCGUACUUUCAGUCUCAGUUUUUAGAUUUCUCACCGGAAACAUCCAUGUCAAGCGGUGGUGGUGGUUCAUGGGAUCCUAGUUCUUACUCUUGGAUUGAGGAGUUUCUUCUAGAUCAAAAACCGUUGCCUUUUCUUGAAAACAAUUCCAAAGAUAUGUUUUUCUGUGAUAAUGUUUUGCCUGAAGCCGAUCAAAUGAUCAAGGAAGAAUUAUUCGUAGAAGAAGUUAGUUCAUCCAAGGAAAUUAUUAGUUGCACUAAAAGGGAAGAGAUUAAAACUAAAGAAAAGGCAUACAGAGGUGUGAGAAAAAGGCCAUGGGGUAAAUUCGCAGCAGAGAUAAGAGAUUCAACUAGAAAUGGAGUUAGAGUUUGGAUUGGAACCUUUGAUAGUGCUGAAGCAGCUGCUUUAGCUUAUGAUCAAGCUGCAUUCUCAAUGAGAGGAUCCAUGGCUAUUCUUAAUUUUCCGGUCGAACAUGUUCGGGAGUCUUUAAAAGAUAUAAAACACCGGUUCAAAGAUGGAUCAUCCCCGGUUUUAGCUCUUAAGAAGUGUCACUCGAUGAAGAAUAAGAAAUUCAGUAGUAACAAGAAAAGUAAAGCAAGGGAAGUAGUUAAACCAUCACAAUCACCGUCGCCGUCGACGUCGUCAAGUUCAUCAUAUUCAACAGAUCAUAGUAACCUGGUUGAAUUUGAAGAUUUAGGGAUUGAAUUUUUAGAGGAACUUUUAAGCUCAUAUGAAACUAGCAGUACAAGUAGUUCUAGUAGUUCAUUUUCUUGAAUAUCCUCAUCAUUCUCGCCUUAUUAAGCUUAAAUUUCUCUUGGUUUGUCAUCCCUUGUUAUUAUAUUUUUCAUUAUAGAUGUUCUUAGUUUUUUGGGUUUUAGUGAUGCAAAUGUGAUUUUGUAUGGUAGUCUUAUGGAUGAAAAUUCCGAUGGACAAAUAGAAAUUAGAUGGAAUUGUUCAUUUUUAUGUGAAUUAUAUGUUUAAGAACUCAAUUAAUAUUGCUUAGCAGCUAGAAAUUUGACCAAA